AUGACCACAUCACUGAAAGACGUAAUUUCCAUUCCAAAUGAUAUUGAAAUAGGAGGUGCAACUUAUUAUCAAAUUCAUAUCAAAUUGCCACUUCGAUCAUUUAUUGUGAAAAAGAGAUAUUCUGAUUUUGAACAAUUUAUAAGUAAUUUAUGUGAUAAUUUAGGAAUAAAUGUUAAAGAUUUCCCCUAUAGUUUACCUGCUAAAAGAAUCAAUUGGUUAAAUAAUAAGAAUUCAAUUAUUGAAGAACGAAAAGUUGAAUUGACCAAAUUAUUAAAUAAUAUAAUUAAAGAUAGAUCAUUACAAAAUGAAAAGAUUGUGUUGGAGUUUUUACAAUUACCUAUUAAUUUUAAGUUUAAUAAUGAUAUUUUCAAGAAUGACGAUAAUGAUGGUCCUUCAUUUCUAAAUAUGGAUGUAUCAACAUCUGAUAGUUGGCUUCAAGUUUAUAGAAGUCUUAAACAAGAUAUACAAGAUUGUCAAUAUCCAUCAUCAAUUCAAGAAAAGAUAAAAAUAAAACAAAAAAUAAAUACCACUUAUCAACCAAUACUCCAGAACCUUUUAAAAUCACGUUCUCAAUUAUCAUUAUCGAAUGAUGAAAAACAAAAACGAACAUCCUUAAUAAAUCAACUUCAAACAACUUUGGAAACCAUCUUAAAUAGUCAAUUAUAUCAACAAUCCCAUGCAAGUGACAACAUGCCAGGUGGAUUCAGACAGGCGAAAAGGGUAUUAGGAGCAACCCCACCACCUCCUGAUCUUCCCAAAGAAACCAAAGAAACCAAAGAAACCCUUCCAUUAUCCAAUCAAGAGCUAUUACAACAACAAAUUCAAAUCCAUAAACAGCAAGAUCAAGAAGUGGAACAACUUAGACAUUUGAUCGCUAGACAGAGAAACAUGGGUGAAUUAAUUCAUAAUGAAGUAGAAGAACAAAAUCUUAUGUUGGAUAGAUUUAAUGAAGAAGUAGAUUCUGCAGGUGAUAAAAUUAAAAAUGCAAGACAUAGAGCUAGGAAAAUCGUAUAG